GUAGUAUUCCUGUAUUGCAUACAUGUAUGUACCUACUACUAUUUAUGUAUACAUACAUUAUGUAUGUUAGUCACUCAUAGUGAAGACCAUUUAUCGUCUACAUCCUCUUUAUAUACCAAUUUGUAUACGAUUUGAUCGCAGUCUCUACAGGCUAUUCGAUUCAAUGGCUAAUUCAAGGUUUGAAUAUGUCAAACAAUUCGAGCAAGUUGACAAUCUACUACCGAACACAUGGAUAGUAGUGAGAAUAGAUGGUCGCGGGUUCACCAAAUUAUGCGCCAAGUAUAAUUUUGAAAAGCCCAAUGACCGUAGAGCGCUGGACUUAAUGAACGCCGCUGCGAAAGCUGUUGUUACCGAGCUUCCUGAUAUUACCAUCGCUUAUGGGGUCAGUGAUGAGUAUAGCUUUUGUUUCCAUAAAACCUGUACCCUAUUUGAAAGAAGGGCCAGCAAAAUAACAUCUACCAUUGUCUCGACAUUUACUGCAAACUACAUCUAUCUAUGGUCAACCUACUUCCCAGAUCUGCCACUGUCAGCUCCUCUUCCUAGCUUCGACGGCAGGGCCGUUUGCUACCCUAGUGUACAGAACCUACGCGACUACAUGAGCUGGCGCCAGGUAGACUGCCACAUUAACAACUUAUACAACACCACAUUCUGGUCACUCGUUAAACUCGGGGGGAUGGAGGCGAAAGAUGCCGAGAUGCUAUUAUCUGGCACACUUGCGGCUGAUAAGAAUGAGAUCUUAUUCUCGAAAUUCGGAAUCAACUACAACAACGAACCAGAAAUCCUCAGGAAAGGAAGUGUAGUAUUUCGAGAUUACGAGCUCGUUGAGCCAGGCAGUGACGACGUGGCAAAAGCAGCCGAUGAGCUGGCGGAGCCCAUACGACAGUCCAAAACACAGGAUGACAAGGACAAGAAACGACGAGCAAAAGCUGUAGUAGUAGUCAAUCACUUAGAUAUCAUAAAGGACGACUUCUGGGAAAGACGGCCUUGGCUCCUGUCCAACAAACCAGGAAAGAUUUCCAAAGAGACUUAGGAAAAACCGACACUGUCAACCAUCACGAUAUUGGCAUCAGGUAUACGCGAUAAUGCGCACCCAACUCAGACGUACAUCAUUAAGCCUCCAGUCUCAAGCCGUAAUGGAUCAUGUGCAG